AUGGCUCUUCGUGUUGAUUACGAAGGAAGCAACGAUGUAGGAGUUUUCUGCACAUUAACAAACAGCUACUGCCUCGUAGGAAUCGGAGGUACUCAGAAUUUUUACAGUACCGUGGAAGCUGAAUUAUCUGAUAUCAUCCCAGUUGUUCACACUUCCAUUGCUUCCACACGAAUUGUAGGUCGUGUUACCGUAGGAAAUCGUCACGGUUUAUUAGCACCAAACGCCACAACUGAUCAAGAGCUGCAGCAUUUGAGGAAUUCACUUCCGGACGAGGUGAAAAUCCGUCGAGUGGAUGAACGCUUGUCUGCACUGGGUAACGUCAUUGCAUGCAACGAUCAUGUUGCAAUAGUGCACGCCGAAAUUAGUCAGGAAACAGAGGAGGCUCUCGUCGAUGUCCUCAAUGUAGAAGUUUUUCGAGUCAGUCUAGGACAAAAUGCCCUCGUGGGAUCCUACUCGGCACUUUCUUCGCAAGGGUGCUUGGUAGCUGCUCGCACACCUCCAGAGACACAACGAGAACUUGCUGCUCUGUUACAAGUUCCAGUCGUAGCUGGUACCGUUAACCGUGGCUCUGAACUUAUCGGAGCUGGCUUGUGCGUGAAUGACUGGGUAGCCUUUUGCGGUUUGGACACCACCUCCACCGAACUAUCAGUUGUGGAAUCCAUUUUCAAGCUCGGUGACCAUGGUCAACCAGCGGCAAUCAGCACUCAACUCAGAGAUACUCUAAUAGAAAGCUUGUUGUAG